AUGGUUCUAGGAAGGAGGACCAAGCACCACCCCGGUGGAACAACAGUCACCACCACCACUACGACCACUCACCACCCGCCUGAUGAACUAAAUGCCAGCGGCGCUCGUGCGGUACGCACUAAACCCACUCUCAAGCAGCGCCUGUUGGGUGGAAGACGCACCAGGGCCACUGCCGCCACACCCACACGAAGACGUCGCGUCGGCGUGCGUCGUCGCACCCCAGCAACAACCACUGCCACCCCGCGCCGUAAAGCCAGUGUCGGCGACAAAAUCUCUGGCGCGAUGCUGAAGUUGAAAGGAACUCUUACGCGAAGGCCUGGGCAAAAGGCUGCAGGGGCCAGACGAAUGCACGGGACAGACGGGAGGGGCACCCGUCGAUACUACUAA